CUCGCAGCCACAGGAUCUGGUGCAGAGACACGGAGAGCGGCCGUCACAGUGUCGGGCGCGAUGGCUGUUACUGGCGGUGUGGCUCACUGGACCGUAAUGUCUCUUCUGUUAGGUCGAGUCUCCCUUGUCGCUGGAUCAGAAGUGCGAGGAGUCCCGGGACAGUCGAUCACACUGCCGUGCAAUUACUCUGUCGGAAAGUCUGGUGAAAGUGAGAUGUGCUGGGGUCGGGGACAUUGCACUGUUAUGGGCUGUGGAGGUGAACUGAUUAGAACAAACGGACACACAGUAACUUCUACAACAUCCCCGAGGUAUCAUCUUGGUGGCAGAAUUGAGGAAGGAGACGUAUCGCUCACUAUAAACCAUCUAGAGAGAGAAGACAGCGGCUCGUAUUGCUGCCGUGUGGAGAUUGACGGUUGGUUUAAUGAUCAGAAGGUGAUUAUGAAUCUCCAGGUUUUGGACGAGCCCAGCACAGCAUCUCCUUCAACCACAGCUGAGUUCUUUUCGACAGGCUAUGGAAAUAACGUUGCCCCAUUGACAUCUCAGGAAACGUGGCUCAGUAACAACAUUCCCGACACUGCUAUUCAGCUGGAUGGACUGACCUCCAUUCCGAGCGAACAGGGUAGCAUCAGUGUCCGGUACUCAAGAAAUUCUGAGCUCUCCAGUCAUUACCAAUGGGAUGACCACUUCUUCUGGAGCACAAGAAAACACGGAACUUCCGCUUUAUCUUGGCAUUGGCUUACUGUUUCUUAUCUCUGUGACUGGAAUAAUUACAAUCAUCUUCUUGAAGAAAUUGAAGAAUUCUACAAAAAAGUACAAUUCAAACAAUGCUAAUGGACUGC